AUGCAAGUCUCGGACCAGGAGCAAUGCUCCUGGGAGCUGGAUUUGGAAGAGAUAACCGGAAAAAUUUCAUUUCUUGACAAAUGGCGGCAAAUCUUCAGUUGUCACAGGUUGGGAACCAAUAACACAACUCUUCAGAAUCACGAAGGCAACCACCCACCUGCUGAUGAAACUGAAGCUGAAACGGGAAUACCUCAGCCCGAACGACAAGGAUAUUGGCCAUCAAGUAGCCUUUGUUCUAUCCCCAAACCCCCUAUCAUCUCUUCAAAAUCAGGCGGCUUUCCCAUCUCCCUAGCAAUGGCCACGAAGUUACGGCAGACCAUCUUUGGAAAUGCCAUGCAAGUCUUCAGCUAUGACUGGAAAAAGGCCCAUUUCCAUUUCCAUGAUCCUUUUUCUGACCUGGCUUUUGCUUUGGAAGUAGGAAAGGGAGGUGCCCGAAGCAUUCAGAUGGCUGUACAAGGAUCCAUCAUCAAACACUUGUUGUUUACCGGGAAGGAAAAAGACUGUAACCUUCACAGUUUAUGUGCAGUAAGCAAACGGGAGCAGGACCAGGGCCUGGCUACGGUACUGGCUGGCAUCCUGUGGAUGGCAGGAGCUGCUGAGAAGGCCACCAUCUGUCUUGUCACCGAGGACACUUAUGUCCUCUCGACUCCUGACUACUCGGGAGAUGAUUUCACAGAGCGGCUCCAGCUGUUUGAACUUACAGAGAAAGAAGCCACUGAGAGAUUCAUCUAUGAUCAUUUACAAUGUUUCAAAGGGGAAGGAAGCCAUGGUGUCAUCUUGUUUCUUUAUAGCCUCAUCUUCUCCAGAACAUUUGAAAGGCUUCAGAUGGACCUGGAUGCUUCCACCACUCAUCUGCUACAACCAAGUGCUGGGAGUUUCCUGUGCAGGCAGGCAGUUUUGAACAUGAUUCUGACCGGAAGAGCCAGCCCAAAUGUCUUCAAUGGCUAUCAGAAGGGAGAGUCGCAGGAAAUAUUACAUGGAGUCCUGACCCGAAGUGAGGUCGGGUAUUUGCGGUGGUGUAAGCAUGUCUCAGAGGAUGAUAGACUUUCUCAGGUGGGCAGCAUGCUGAAGACCCCCAAAUUACCUAUUUGGCUGUGCAACAUCAAUGGAAACCCCAGUGUUCUUUUCAGCACAAACAAGCAGCUCUUAUCAGACUGGAGAGCGGAGCGUCGCUUUGAUCUGUACCUGUACAGUGGCCGGCCCUCCCAGAAGAAGCCCGUGCAUCUCACAGUAGAUACUCACUCCCAUCACUGGGAAAGGAACCAACAUGAAGAUGAACAUGUACCAGGAAGACGGUUUUCUCCAGUGGAGAUGGCAAUCAGAACCAAGUGGAGAGAAGCCACCAUCAACUGGCAUGGAACCGUUCCCUUCCUCUAA